UCCAUCUUUCUUUCCUACCACUAUUCAUGCCGAGAGCAAAAAUAGCAGAUGAAUAUCAUGGCUGCACUCCAAUCUCUUUUGUUUUCCAGAGUCUAUAUAUAUCCCCUCACUUGACUUUGUUGUGUUAACAAUUCCCCUCGUUUCGCAAGUCCAAGGAGAAUGGAAGCUUUUGUGUUUGUGUUUGUGGUCCUUGUGUUGUGUGGUUGUGCUGCUGGUAAGGAGUGCACAAACAUUCCUACACAAUCACACACGCUAAGGUACCAGCUAUUGACAUCCAAGAAUGGAAGAUUGGAGGAAAAGGCCAUGUCUCACUUUCAUUUGACGCCUACAGAUGAAUCUGAAUGGGCAGAUUUGCUGCCGAGGAAAUUAUUGACAGAACAACAUCAACACGAUUGGGCGGUUAUGUAUAAGAAUAUUAAGAACAUGGGUGUGUUCAAGUCACCUGAAGGCUUUCUCAAAGAAGUUCCUCUUCAGGAUGUGAGGUUGCAUGAGGAUUCCAUCCAUGGUAUAGCACAACAGACAAAUUUGGAGUAUCUUUUGAUGUUGGAUGUGGACAGCUUGAUUUGGAGCUUUAGGAAGACGGCUGGUCUAUCCACACCUGGGACUCCUUAUGGAGGGUGGGAAGCUCCAGACGUUGAGCUCCGGGGUCAUUUUGUUGGGCAUUACUUGAGUGCAUCAGCUCUAAUGUGGGCCAUCACACAGAAUGAUACCCUGAAACAGAAAAUGUCAUACCUCGUUGCUGGUCUGUCUGACUGUCAGAAGAAAAUUGGAACUGGAUAUCUAUCUGCCUUUCCAUCUGAGUUGUUUGAUCGAUUUGAAGCUAUUCAAGAAGUUUGGGCUCCAUACUAUACCAUUCACAAGAUCUUGGCCGGCCUCUUGGACCAACAUACUUUUGCUGGAAACCCUCAAGCUCUAAAAAUGGUAACAUGGAUGGUUGAUUACUUCUACAACAGAGUCCAGACUGUAAUAACAAAGUACACUUUAAAUAGGCACUAUGAAUCACUGAAUGAGGAAACUGGAGGAAUGAAUGACGUCCUUUAUAAGUUAUACAUCAUAACGGGAGAUUCUAAGCAUCUAUUGUUGGCUCACCUUUUUGAUAAGCCAUGCUUUUUAGGGUUGCUUGCAGUGCAGGCUAAUGACAUAGCUGAUUUUCAUGCUAAUACACAUAUCCCAGUUGUUGUUGGAUCUCAAAUGCGGUAUGAAAUCACAGGCGAUCCACUUUAUCAGCAAAUUGGGACAUUCUUUAUGGACCUCGUAAACUCUUCUCACAGUUAUGCAACUGGAGGGACAUCAGUCAGCGAGUUCUGGAGUGAUCCAAAGAGAAUGGCAGAUACCUUAAAAACGACAGAGAAUGAAGAAUCAUGCACAACUUAUAAUAUGUUGAAGGUUUCGCGCCACCUGUUUAAAUGGACCAAAGAAGUCUCUUAUGCAGACUAUUACGAACGUGCCUUGACCAAUGGUGUGCUCAGCAUUCAAAGAGGAACCGAUCCUGGAGUGAUGAUUUAUAUGCUUCCACUAGGUCUUGGGGUUUCCAAGGCUAAAACUUACCAUAGUUGGGGAACACCAUUUGACUCUUUCUGGUGCUGCUAUGGAACGGGAAUUGAAUCGUUCUCAAAGCUGGGAGAUUCUAUCUAUUUUGAAGAGGAAGGCAAAGAUCCUACACUUUACAUCAUUCAGUACAUAUCAAGCUCGUUUAAUUGGAAAUCUGGCAAAGUUUUGCUCAAUCAGACAGUUGAUCCAGUUGCUUCAUGGGAUCCUUACCUACGAGUGGCAUUUACGUUUUCUCCAUUUGAGAAUACUUUGACUACAAACUCUACAUUGAACUUUCGACUCCCAACUUGGACUCAUCUGGAUGGUGCCAAGGGGAUAUUAAAUGCUGAAACUUUAUCUCUACCAAGUCCAGGAAAUUAUUUAUCAAUCACAAGACAAUGGAGUGGUAGUGACAAGCUGACCCUUCAGCUGCCCCUUACCGUAAGGACAGAGGCCAUAAAAGAUGACAGGCCAGAAUAUGCCUCUGUUCAAGCAAUUCUUUAUGGUCCUUAUCUUCUUGCGGGUCAUACAACUGGUGUUGAUUGGGAUCUUAAAGCUGGGGCUAACAAUUCAGACUGGAUUACUCCUAUUCCUGCCAGUUACAAUAGUCAACUAGUUUCUUUUUCUCAAGACUUUGAAAAUUCAACUUUUAUUUUGGCAAAUUCAAAUCAAUCACUUGCAAUGCAAAAAUUGCCUCUAUCUGGCACUGAUUUGGCUCUUCAGGCAACCUUUAGGCUUGUUGUCCUAAAUGAAUCUUCCUCAAAGUUUUCAACAUUGGCAGAUGCUAAUGGUAAAUCAGUGAUGUUAGAACCAUUUGAUUUUCCUGGAAUGAAUGUGGUUAACCAAGGAGCAGACAAACCUCUUCUCAUCAUAGAUUCAUCCCAUGGCGGGACAUCUUCUGUUUUUCUUGUAGUUCCGGGACUGGAUGGACGAAAUGAAACCAUAUCUUUAGAAUCCCAGAGCUACAAUGGCUGUUAUGUGUAUAGUGGUAUGAGCUCUAUUGCAGGAGUGAAGCUCAGUUGCAAAUCUGGUUCUGAUGCUAGUUUUAACCAAGCAACAAGCUUUGUUGCUCAAAAAGGAUUGAGCCAAUACAAUCCUAUCAGUUUUGUGGCUAAAGGGGCAAACAGGAAUUUUCUUUUGGAGCCACUAUUCUCAUUCAGAGAUGAGCAUUAUACUGUUUAUUUCAACAUUCAAGGUUGAUACAAGUUUUUCUUUUCCCUUUGAAAUAAACAGUACAAUAAGUUUUGUAUAUAAAGGUUCAAGCUUAUUCAAUUACAGAAAGAUAAUUGAUGAAUAUCUUCCUGUGUUAUUAAAUGAUGAGACAACACAUUCUCUAAUACACUCUUUUGAUAAA